AUGGGGGCUUUCCUAGCCCCGCACAGCUCAGCCAAGGCUCCCCCUGUCCCCCACAGCAACCCGGAGACAGCCGACCUCCUGGGAGAGGACCUGCAGCAGGUGGAGCAGCGGCUGGAGCCAGCUAAACGGGCAGCACACAAUGUCCACAAGCGACUACAAGGCUGUCUGCAGGGCCAGAGUGGAGCCGACAUGGACAAACGGGUGAAAAAACUUCCUCUCAUGGCGCUGUCCACCGCGAUGGCUGAGAGCUUCAAGGAGCUGGACCCCGAUUCCAGCAUGGGGAAGGCCUUGGAGAUGAGCUGCGCCAUCCAGAACCAGCUGGCCCGCAUCCUGGCCGAGUUCGAGAUGACGCUCGAGAGGGACGUUCUGCAGCCGCUCAGCAGGUUGAGCGAGGAGGAGCUCCCGGCCAUCCUCAAGCACAAGAAGAGCCUGCAGAAGCUGGUGUCGGACUGGAGCGCCCUCAAAAGCAGACUCAACCAGGCAGCCAAGAGCUCGGGCAGUGGUCAGGGCCUGGGUAGUGCUCAGGGUGCCAGCACCGCCAACAAGAUGGAGACCUUGAAGGAGGAGGAAGAGGAGCUAAAGAAGAAGGUGGAGCAGUGCAAGGAUGAGUACUUGGCCGACUUGUAUCACUUCGCCACCAAGGAGGACACCUACGCCAACUACUUCAUCCACUUUAUGGAGAUCCAGGCGGAUUACCACCGGAAGUCCCUGAGUUCCCUGGACACAGCCCUGGCCGAGCUGAAGGAGAAUCACAGCCAAACCGACCCCUGCCCCUCGAUGACAGCCACCCCCUUCUCCAGGGUGUAUGGGGUGUCGCUGGGUGCCCACCUGCAAGAGCAUGGCCGGGACAUUGCGUUGCCCAUUGAGGCCUGCGUCCUGAUGUUGUCCCACGGCAUGAAGGAAGAGGGCCUCUUCCGUCUGGCAGCCGGGGCAUCGGUGCUAAAACGCCUCAAACAGACCAUGGCCUCGGACCCAGGAGGCCUCCAGGAAUUCUGCUCAGACCCCCACGCUGUGGCAGGUGCCCUCAAAUCCUACCUGAGGGAAUUGCCAGAGCCCCUGAUGACCUUUGACCUCUAUGAUGAUUGGAUGAGGGCCGCCAGCCUGAAGGAGCCAGGCCCCCGGCUGGAGGCCUUGAAGGAGGUGUGUAGCCGUCUGCCCCCCGAGAACCUCAACAAUCUCAGGUACCUGCUGAAGUUCCUGGCGAGGCUGGCUGAGGAACAGGAGGCGAACAAGAUGACACCCAGCAACAUUGCCAUUGUCCUUGGUCCCAACCUGCUGUGGCCCCCUGAGAAAGAAGGGGACCAGGCCCAGCUGGAUGCGGCUUCUGUGUCAUCCAUCCAGGUGGUGGGUGUGGUGGAGGCGCUGAUUCAGAACGCAGACACCCUCUUCCCAGGAGAUGUUGCCUUCAAUGUCUCCGGCCUCUUCUCAGACCUGGGCCCCCAGGACAAAGUCAGCUUCCAGCCCACCUCAGGGGAGCUUCCGGCUACUGAUGUAUCAGGCCCAGCCAAGGAAAGGAUGGAGGCUGAGCCUCCACCCAGGCCGGCCUCCCCCAAGGUGAACAGGAGCACCCCAGAAGUGGCCCCCGUGGUGGAAGAUCAGACUAAGAGGACCAAGCGCCCUGCACCUGCCCGGCCUAUCCUGCCACCGGCCCCCCAGACCUCCGGCCCCCGCUCCUUCCCGCCAGCACCUACCCUCCCCCCUGGCUCUGGCAGCCCUCAGACCCCCCGGGCCCUGCCCCGCCGGCUGGUUGGCAGCAACAUUCGUGCCCCCACUGUGCCCCCUCCAUUGCCCCCCAUACCUCCCCAGCCUGCCAGGCGCCAGAGUCGACGCUCACAGGCCUCUCCUGGCCCAACCUCCCCAGGCCCAACCUCCCCAGGUCCGGCCUCCCCCAGCCCAUUGUCUGUGAGUGGGCCUGAGCAGGGGGACCCCGGGGGUGGCCCGGAGGAAGGAAGGAUCCCUGAGUCUGGAGCCUUAGCCCCCACACCCCUGGCCAAUCCCCGUCAACCCAGACCCAGGAAUCUUGCCUCUGAGACCGACUGAACUGCCGGCUUGUCCCAGCACCCCUCUCCACAUCACCCCCUCUUCUCCCCAUACAUCAACCCCAAGGUGGGGGACCCCAGCCUUUGCCUUCCAAGUGCCUUUGGUGUCUGCUGGGUGGGUCCCCACAGCAAAGAGGACCCAGAACAGGGCCCCAUUUGAUGCCUUCCCUCUUCCAGCCCAGUCUCAGGGU